UCAUUGAACAAGGGAACAUUAACACAUCAUUGUAUGCUGUCAAAAAAUAAAUUAUAAAAAAAAAAAAAAAAAAAAAAAGAUAGAUAAAAAAAUUGAUGUUCAUUUCUAAUAGUUUGCAGAAGAAGCCUAAUCCCGUUGAACCUGCGAAGGCUUGAUGGCGGGUACAUCAGAUUUCGACCCUGCACUCGCAAUUUCCCACAACUUUCAAGAUACCACCUACUCUUAUACUGAAAGAGAUGUAGCACUUUACGCUUUAGGCAUAGGGGCAUGUGCAUCGAAUGCUGUUGAUGAAGACGAGCUUAAAUAUGUUUACCAUGAAAAUGGUCAGCAGUUUAUCAAGGUCUUGCCUACGUUUGCUGCUUUACUUUCACUUGAAUCAUUGCCAAGUGGUUUUGAUAUUCCGGGCUUACAAUAUGAUCCACGCCUUCUGCUGCAUGGACAACAAUACAUAGAGCUGUGCAAACCGUUUCCUUCCAGCUGCCAUAUACAAAAUAAAGUCAGCCUCGCAGGAUUGCAUGACAAAGGCAAAGCAGCAAUUUUGGAGAUUGAAACAAAAAGUUACGAGAAAGAGUCUGGCGAUUUAUUAUGCAUGAACAGGACAACGGUCUAUCUGCGUGGUGCUGGUGGCUUCUCGAAGACAUCUAAACCAUUUUCUUACUCAAAUUACCCUUCAAACCAGACAUCUGCUGUAAAAAUUCCUGAAAGUAAGCCUUUUGCAGUGUUUGAGGAUCGUACGCACCCAUCUCAGGCAUUGCUCUACAGACUAUCUGGUGAUUACAAUCCUCUGCAUUCGGAUCCCCUGUUUGCAAAGGUUGCCGGAUUCUCGCAGCCAAUAUUGCAUGGGUUGUGCACAUUAGGAUUUGCGGUAAGGGCAAUUAUCAAAAGUAUAUGCAAAGGAGAUCCCGACAGGAUAAAAAGCAUAACCGGCCGUUUUCUUCUACAUGUCUACCCUGGUGAGACUCUUGUUACCGAGAUGUGGCUUGAAGGCUCGAGGGUUAUUUAUAGGACAUUGGUGAAAGAGAGAAAACGGACAGUCCUUUCUGGUUCCGUUGAUCUGCGUGGUUUGAACUCAUCACUUUGAAGGAGUUGAAUAUAGCUCAGAUAAUAAUGCCUAAAUGAGCAAGUUAUGCCGUCCAGUUAUUUAUGUUUGGAAUAAGGACUAAAUUUAGACACAGUACCAUAAGUAUUGUUCUUACCGUUUCUGUUACAAAGAGAAUUUUUUCUAGUUACAAUUUUUUCUCACUCUUA